UAGGAAGUGGUGAGCUAGCGAGAAACAGCAUCGACCAGAAACACAAGACGAGAGGAAGCCGUAAAAUCUUCUCAUUCUUACCCUCGACGUCUCACCGAAGAUAACCAUUUCCAUCAAGAGCAAUAAUCCGACCGCAGUCAUGUUCUUGAGGGUUGUGUUUUUCACUGCAAUUGUGGCUCUGAUCGGAGCAUCAGCCGCAGCGGACGCAGAUGGUUGUUCCUCUCUGUCAUGUGAUUCAUGUGGAGGCAAUGACUGCCAGUGGGUUAUUUGCUCAACACCAACUGCUAGCUGCCGCAACAUGAGUCUUUUGGCUGUAAACGAGACCUGCACUAAUGCCAGCUGUACAGCCCCUGUUCCAUCUUCUGCUGCACCCCCAACCGCAACAGUCUCUGGAACCACUGCUGCUCCUCCUCUGCCUCCCACUACAAAUCCCCCUCCCCCUGUUGUCACCACCUCUAACAGCAGUGUCACCACAGGCAAUUCCACAGGAGCACCCACCGUUGGCCCCACUCACAGUGGCAAUGGCACCACUCCUACACCUGUCGUCCCGACAACUGGAAAAAGCACAAAAACCACUCCAGUCGCCCCCACUCCUGAACCCCACAAGAACACCUUUGAUGCUGCCAGCUUCAUAGGAGGAAUAGUGCUGGUCCUGGGCCUGCAGGCUGUCAUCUUCUUCCUCUACAAAUUCUGCAAGUCCAAGGACCGCAACUACCACACCCUUUGAAGCAGCCGCACAUUUGGAUCCACAUCAUCCUCACCUAUUGUCAACAACUAGAACCCCCCCAGAGAAGCUUUCACAUGUAUCACAGUGGACUCAAACAGUAUUUUCAAGCAGGUUUUCUAGGAUUUUUGAAGUUUGUGCCACUAGCUACAGUUUUAGUCUGUAUAAAGGCACUCACAUAAGCCUCUCUGUGUGAUAAAUCACUAACUUGUACAGCUAAAAAGAUCUUCAGUGAUGUGGCAUUCAAGCCUUGAGCAUAUGGAUUACAUCAUCUGACAGCUACUCCCACCUCUGUCACGCCGUUAGUCAUUCUGCAAAGAGCAUUUUCCAGCAAAUCGAGUGGGUUCUUGUUAUUUACAGCCCCUCUCUUCAUGAUUAGUCCAUCUAAUCCACCACUUGAGAGUUAAAUAAUUAGCCAUGUAUUCAAAGUAGCUUUCCUGUUGAUGCUUUGGAGUAGUACAGCUGCAAACUAGUGGCUUUUACGCAUUUUUUUAAUUAGGAAACACUGUUUGAGUUCACAGCUAUUCUUAAACAUGAGAUGAUUUAGUGUUGCUUUUAGCCUCUUGAAAUGCAGGCAGGUUUCUUCUCCCUCCACUCUGAUGUAUCAUAUAUAUGAGUAAAAGGUGGGGUGACUUAGGAGGGAGUAAAAGCAACACCCAAUCAUCUGACAUCAGCAUGGAAACAACAAGCAUUCCCUCUGGUUUAAUUUUAGGUGGCAUUUCAGAGGUAUGUGCUUUUUCUGGGGGAAUCUUUCACCCAGUACUAGUUGAAAUAGAAAUAACGUCUGCAAGAGCAGCUUAAUGCAAUAUGUCAUUUACAAGCGAAUCUCCCGUCCUUUCACCUCCCCAUCUUAUAUUUUUGAUCCAUUGAAAUAUACUCACUGGGGUUGCUAGUGCCGAGCUGGCCGAGGUAGUCAAAAAAAGGGCCUGUGAGUCAAAGUGAAAGAUUGUAUAAAAUCUCAGAAAUAUGAAUCAUUAAUUAGUUUUAAUAAUGUAUAAUAUAGAGAAUGGGGGAAUGGGGAUAUAAAUAAAGUGGCAUGCACCUUCUGGAUGUGGACAGUGAUAGCAGUGAAGUGCCUUUAAUGUCCGGUAUGACUUCUAGAGAGAAAUGCUCAUGGAUGAGUCUGUUUUUUAUUUUCCUGGUUGAGGCCCGAGUGUUAUCAUUAGUUUAAGUUUCUGAGACAGAAACGGUAUCGCGGUGCUGAUAUUGGUGAGAAAUGUAGUAUCCCAGCUGGACUGAAGAGCCCUUUAUUGUUGAAGAAUACAAUAGAUAGAAGUCACUUGAAGGCCUUGAUCAGUCACAUUGAAGUUUUUCCUUUAAAUUGCAAACUAUAUUCAGUGCAUGAUGGACUUCUCACAGCUGACCUUGUAUAAAUAAUUACUUUUAAAGGUAUUCUCCCUUUGUUAGUACCCAGAAACACUUCAAAAUUUCCCCCCAUUUUGUUGUUCAUAUUUCAGCUGAAAUGUUGAAACACAUGAAUGACAAUCUGGCAGGAGAUUUUACAGCAAUUAUAGCAUUUUGCUAUAAUUUUUUUUUUUUUUUAAGAAACGCAGGAAUUAUAGGGGUUGUUUAAAAACACUUGCAGAUGGAGAGAGUGCAUUGAUUGUUUGAGUGCAGGUCUAGUUAAAUGAGCAUUGCAUUUUUGAUUUCUAACUUUGCCGUGUAAAUGAGAGGAUUGUGAUUGAACCGCAACAAUUAAGUGGCUGUGCUGAAGCUAAUUUACGCUCAGUACUCAUACUUGCUCGCUGCUAACUGUGUAAUUUACCCCCAUUUUGUCCCUCCUGUAAAUAGCCACAUCCUGUUUUUGUUUCUCUUCUAGGUUUCAACUUGAGGAAAGGCUAUAUGAAGGAGUGUUUAUUAAUACAUUUUUGCUCGUAGCAGCUUGUCAGUUUCAAGAAUGUUUUGUUUAAAGCCUUUUCUUUACUGCAUGCUGGAUGCUUGGAGUUGUGAUCUUUUUGUUCCCAUUGAAUUUGAUCUUUAGGAUUUUGACACACUGAAAAACCACUUGAUUAUUCGUGAAGAGCCCAUAUGCUAGUUGGAAGAAUGCCUUUAAACAGUGUGCAUAAAGCCAAAGUCCUGAGUUUUGGCAUGGAGAUUGAGCAUUGCACUGACAAGCUUUGUUUUUUUAAUUUUGUCUUUGUAAAUGUUUUAAUUGUUCUGCCAAAAAAAUCAGAUGCUUGUAUAGAUACUCAGUCUUGAAUAUAAAGUAAUCAAUGGAUUAUUAAUCACCUUGUUUGUAUGACCACAAACAGUCUCCAUUAAUGCAGAAGUUUCUGCUCUUUUUUGGCUUUCAUAAUUUACAAAUGCACGUUUUCUGCUGCUCACCAUCAACACGCCUUUCAACCUAUCACCUGGUGGCAUUAGGCUACAGCCCAAAGACCCAAAUAUGGCAAGAAGGCUACUGUUUUUGCCUUAGCUGCACCCACUGGUUUGUUCAUUUUUUUGCAUGUGGAGAGCCUUCGCCCCAAAUUUAGAGAAAUAACUGAGUUUUACUCACAGCUGAUGUGCUGUGUAACCACUUAAAGUCACAGUGCUCUAUUUGCUCCUGACAUGGUAGCUGCAUUCCUUCAGUAUUCAGCAUCACAUGUUGACAACGCAGUGCAUCGAAAACACCUUUGGUAUACAUGGAUACCAAAUAGAUGUCCAUUGUGUUUCCUCUGCAGCUUCACCUACAAGUCACUAGCUCUGUCCGUGCACCUCUUAAAGAAAAAGUGCCUUAUUCAGUUAGUGUACGUAUAGUUUGUAAGAUGAUAUGCCACACCCAUUAAAUAUCAAUAAGACUCAGCACUUUCAGACCCUUGUGAAGUGGAUUUCUGUGUUGUAUUCUGUCUGUUUUGUCACUCUCAGCCUUAAAUUCUUGAUUAAACUCACCAAGCAUUUGCUAGUGAUGAACUACCCAGGCAAUUACCAGGCCACAUUUCUUUUGGUUUCUUGUACUUAAUGGCUGACAUUUAAAUAGAAUUGUAAUGCCUAGAUUUUGACCAAUCAAAAGGCGAUAUUAUAGGUGUCAAAUUCUGCUGAAAUGGCUGUAGAAGCUAUUGAACUGGAGAAGGCCUGGUUGUAGUCUGGAAAUCUUCUCACCAGCACAUUGUAUUAAAACUAUGUUCCAAUAAUGUUGUAACAGCCACAGACCUCUGAUGUUUUAAAAUGCAACAUUUCCAUCAUAUUGUAAACUCUCACUUUGUAAUUUUCUAUUGUUUCACUAGAUGACUUAUUGUCAGUCAAGUAGGAGUUUCUAAUUCAGAAAAACUCAAAUUUGCUCAUUUAUGGAGGGCUCUCCUAUUAGUUUUCAGCCUUGCUGUAUGACAUUUAAAAAGUUAAGUGUUUUCAUUCCCUCCUUUUGCCUUGUGGCUUUAUUUCUGUAGCACACACUGGCUGAAGUGCCAUCAAAUUUACUGUUCAUUUUGUUUUAGAGACUGUCAGUCCUCUAGGUACGAUUUUGAAUUUUGGCUUUGCUCUCACCACACUUUGACACAAGACUAUUCACACAUAGCCAUAUUAGACAUACAGGUGCCACAAUGCCUAAAACGUUAUGUGCUUCUUUUGUGCCCCUUUUUUAUUUUCUCUCAGAAGUUUUAUUUUGUGCCUUGUUUUCUAGUGUUGCCUUUAAUUUCACAAUGUAAAACGAAUAAAGUUUGAAUAUUGUUAAA